UUGGAAAAUAUUAAUUGUCGUUAGUUGGUGAUCGAUCUCAAAAUUUCCAAAUGGAAAAAUAACAUAUCAAAAUUAUUGGACAACAAGCAUAAUAGCCAUGGACUUCCGCCGUCUGCAUCCUUUGUUCCGUUCCUUUUCCCGUCCACUUUUGGGUUUCUGCAGAUGGAUCAACAUCUAUGACGACGAAAUGGCUCAAAUAGCGCGACCCGACUGGCAUCUUAUGCUGGAUGGAAGGUUUAAUAAGGGCCUAGCUUUCACCAUUGAGGAGCGGCAACGACUGGGAAUCAUGGGAUUGAUGCCCUGCUCCGUCCGCACCAUUGAAGAUCAGAUGGAGGCGGCCAGGGCGAAUUUCGAUGCCAGGCCCUCGGAUAUCAGUCGGUUCACCUAUCUGAGUGCCGUCCACAAUCGCCACCAACGACUGUACUUUAAAUUUGUGAGGGAGAAUAUCGAAAAGGCACUGCCCAUUGUUUAUACCCCAACGGUGGGCGAUGUGGUGGCCACCUACGGAUUGAAUUUCCAGCAAGCGACCAGUCUGUUCAUCAGCAUCCACGACAAGGGUCACAUCCGGGAUCUGAUGCACAAUUGGAUCGAUGAGGGUGUGACCGCCAUCUGUGUGACGGAUGGUGGAAGGGUCCUGGGCCUGGGCGACAUGGGUGCCAAUGCCAUGGGCAUUAGUCUGGGCAAAAUGAUCCUGUACACGGCGCUGGGCGGGAUUCCACCCACCGCAUUGAUGCCCGUUUGCCUGGAUGUGGGAACCAACAACCAGGCGCUACUCGAUGAUCCCCUCUAUGUGGGCGCACGUAUACCCAGGGUUAAGGGUCCCGAGUACGAGGAACUGGUUGAUGAGUUCAUGGAUACAGCGGUUAAGUGCUUUGGGCACACCACCUUCAUCCACUUCGAGGACUUUGCCACGCCGAAUGCUUUGAAGUUCUUGGAUAAGUAUCAGUAUAAGUACUGCUGCUUCAACGAUGACAUCCAGGGAACGGGAGCCACAGGAUUGGCUGCAUUUAUCAAUGUGGAACGGAUCACGGGUCUGAAACUGGAGGAUACCGUAUUCGUUUUUGUGGGAGCUGGAAGUGCCGCUCUGGGUAUUGCCAAUAUGUUGAUGAUCGAACUGGAGGAAAGGGGGAUUCCGCCCGAGGAGGCCACCAAGAAUGUCUAUUUGUUCGAUGCGAAUGGUUUGGUCACCUGCGAGAGCACCGAUGUGCCGGAUCAAGGCAAACGAUAUAUUAAACCCAUGGAGCCAAUCAAGGAGCUCAAUGCCGUGCUGGAGAAGCUAAAGCCAUCCGUACUUGUGGGUGCCACUGGAGUGGGGGGAAUAUUUAACGAGCAAAUACUGAAAACCAUGGCCAAAAAUCAUGAGCGUCCUGCCGUUUUUGCCCUCUCAAAUCCCACCACCAACUCGGAAUGCACCGCCGAACAGGCCUACACACACACUGAGGGUCGUGUUCUUUUUGGUUCCGGAUCUCCAUUUCCGCCCGUGGUGAUCAACGGAAAACGCUUUACGCCCGCCCAGGCCAACAACUGUUUGACUUUUCCGGGAAUCGCAUUGGCCGCCAUCUGUGCCAAGGCCAAAUAUCUGCCCAAUUCGGUGUUCUCCGUGGUGUCGCACGAACUGGCCAAGAACACCACCCAGGAGCAACUGGAUGCAGGCACCCUGUUUCCGGCCAUCAAAGAUGCCCACGAGGUGGCCUUCAACGUGGGCGUGGCCAUGGCUCAAUAUUUAUUUGAUAAUGAUCUUUCGAAUAUAUAUCCCAAGCCCGAUAAUGUUUGUGAGUUCAUAAAGGCAUCUCUGUACAAUUUGGACUAUCGCAACUCUAUGCCAACCACUUGGCCUUAUCCCAAGGAGCCGCCCAGACCUAAGGCAAAGCCACUUCCAAAGGCAAAGGAGGAUGAGGCCAAGAAGUAAACUUGGAAGAAGACUGCUGACCUGCAUUUUCCAGCUGACAAAAAGAAAAAAAAGAAAAGAGCCUUGUGUAAUUAGUUGCAAGUACAGGCAUUCGCAGGACCAAAUACACACAAACUUCCACGAUAAA